AAAUGGGAGUUACCUCAGUAGCAGUUUGAGACACCAGUCAGAUAAUGGAUGUGAAAGCUUUUAGAAAGGUUGAACGGCGGCUGAAAUCGCGUGUGUUCCAUUUACAGAUGGGAAACUGAGGCACGAGAUACCAGAGGAUGGAGUCAGGCCACGUUGUGCGCCACUCUCCCCGCUUAGGUGGGUGAGGAGACCGAGGUGUGUUGGGCCCCCGCUAAACACCAGCACCGACCUGAGCCCCGCCCAGACCCCUCCAGCCGGCUUUCCCUGUCCUCUGCUCGUGUCCCAAUAAAGUUAUUGAAAUUGACACCGGUUGCUAAGGAAGUGGGUCGCCGAGCCAGGUUGCUAAGGAAGUGAGCGGCCACUGUCUCUCCCCAUCCGGGGCAGCGGGGAAUGGCUGAGCCAGGGGUUCGCCGCCCCCGCCGCCGCCGCCGCCGCCGCCGCCGUCGCCGCCCGCUUUCGGCUCGGGCCGCAGGACCGUAGCAUCCUGAGACAUUUUGAAUUGACACUUCUCAAGAUUUGACUGGAUCAGAGUUCAUCAUGUCAAAGUUGAAAAGCUCAGAGUCAGUCAGGGUGGUGGUUCGCUGUCGGCCCAUGAAUGGCAAGGAAAAGGCUGCUUCGUAUGACAAAGUGGUGGAUGUGGAUGUUAAGCUGGGGCAGGUGUCUGUGAAGAACCCCAAAGGGACGGCCCAUGAAAUGCCCAAGACCUUCACCUUUGAUGCCGUCUAUGACUGGAAUGCCAAGCAGUUUGAACUGUACGAUGAGACGUUCCGACCACUUGUUGACUCUGUCCUGCAAGGUUUCAAUGGAACCAUUUUUGCCUAUGGACAAACUGGGACAGGAAAAACCUACACCAUGGAAGGAAUCCGUGGUGACCCUGAAAAAAGAGGAGUCAUUCCUAACUCAUUUGACCAUAUCUUCACCCACAUCUCUCGAUCCCAGAAUCAACAAUACCUGGUCAGGGCUUCUUACUUAGAGAUCUACCAGGAGGAGAUCCGAGAUUUGCUCUCAAAGGAUCAGACCAAAAGGCUUGAGCUCAAAGAGAGGCCUGACACAGGAGUGUAUGUGAAAGACCUGUCUUCCUUUGUCACCAAGAGUGUGAAGGAGAUAGAGCAUGUGAUGAAUGUGGGGAACCAGAACCGUUCUGUCGGUGCUACCAACAUGAACGAGCACAGCUCGCGUUCUCAUGCAAUUUUCGUUAUCACUAUUGAGUGCAGCGAGGUGGGCCUCGAUGGUGAAAACCACAUCCGUGUAGGAAAAUUGAACCUUGUAGAUCUUGCUGGCAGCGAACGGCAAGCCAAGACUGGCGCACAAGGGGAGAGAUUAAAAGAAGCUACCAAGAUCAACCUCUCCCUUUCCGCUUUGGGUAAUGUCAUCUCUGCUCUAGUGGACGGCAAAAGCACUCACAUUCCAUAUCGGGACUCAAAGCUUACCAGGCUCCUCCAAGAUUCCCUUGGUGGCAAUGCUAAGACUGUGAUGGUGGCCAACGUGGGGCCUGCCUCUUACAACGUAGAAGAGACUCUGACCACUCUGCGAUAUGCCAACCGUGCCAAAAACAUUAAGAACAAACCAAGGGUCAAUGAGGACCCCAAGGAUGCCCUCCUUCGAGAAUUCCAGGAAGAGAUUGCUCGGCUCAAGGCCCAGCUGGAAAAACGGUCCAUUGAGGAGAAGAUGAGGCUGCUGAAGGAGAAAGAGAAAAAGAUGGAGGACCUGCGGCGGGAGAAGGAUGCUGCUGAGAUGCUGGGCGCCAAGAUCAAGGCCAUGGAGAGUAAGUUGCUUGUUGGAGGAAAAAAUAUAGUAGAUCAUACGAAUGAACAGCAGAAAAUCCUGGAGCAGAAACGACAGGAAAUUGCAGAGCAGAAACGUCGAGAAAGAGAAAUCCAGCAACAGAUGGAAAGUCGAGAUGAGGAGACCUUGGAACUUAAAGAGACAUACAGCUCAUUGCAGCAAGAGGUGGACAUCAAGACCAAAAAACUCAAAAAGCUCUUCUCCAAGCUUCAGGCAGUGAAGGCUGAGAUCCACGACCUCCAAGAAGAACACAUCAAGGAGCGCCAAGAGCUAGAGCAGACUCAGAAUGAGCUCACCAGGGAGCUGAAACUCAAGCAUCUUAUUAUAGAAAACUUUAUCCCUCUGGAAGAAAAAAGUAAAAUUAUGAAUAGAGCCUUCUUUGAUGAAGAGGAAGAUCAUUGGAAACUACAUCCUAUAACCAGACUGGAGAACCAGCAGAUGAUGAAGCGGCCAGUCUCAGCCGUGGGAUAUAAGAGACCAUUGAGCCAGCACGCAAGAAUGUCCAUGAUGAUUCGUCCAGAGGCCCGAUAUAGGGCAGAAAACAUUGUGCUGUUAGAGCUGGACAUGCCCAGCCGGACCACCAGAGACUAUGAGGGUCCAGCCAUUGCCCCCAAGGUCCAGGCUGCAUUGGAUGCGGCUCUGCAGGAUGAAGAUGAGAUACAGGUGGAUGCAUCAUCGUUUGAAAGCACUGCAAAUAAGAAAUCCAAGGCCAGGCCUAAAAGUGGAAGGAAGUCGGGAUCCUCCUCCUCUUCCUCAGGAACCCCUGCAUCUCAGCUUUAUCCACAGUCUCGGGGGCUGGUUCCAAAGUAAAGCCAGCUUCUCCUCUCCCAGGGCGGAAACAGCAUUUGCCUUCUGAGAGAAGAGACUAGCAAAAAGCUGCAGAGAGGAUUCGGCCCAAACUCAGAACUGUUCCCCUGAGGAGAAGCGGUGGCCUCUUUGCAGAUCAACCAACUUAAUCUGGUUGAACGUGCUGUUCCUAAUCUGGCACUCAGCCCCUCUGGGAAACAUCUUUUAAUUAGCAUCUCAGAAAUGCAUGGGUAAGGUAAAGUGCGAUAGUUCAAGUGGAAAGCAAGAGAAUGACCAGUGACCUUGCUUCCUUCCCCCUUGCCUUCUUCUCCCCCUUCCCCUGUGCUCCCUUUCUCUCCUCUCUCCUUUUCUAGCCUGUUCUUUACAUGGGGCUCCCUUCUUGUUGAACAAUAGGGCAGAAUCAGGAGUCACCUUAGCAGGACCACAUCUUUGGAGCCUCGGGAUAAAAUGACAGUGAGGUUGAAAAGUGAAAACCCUAGAACUUGAAUAGGUGCCUGUUCUUGUAGGGAGAAAUGAGAAAUCGCAUUUGGAUCCAGGCCCCAGGUGGGCACCAUCAGCAGUCUUGCUUCCAUGCACCUCAGUAAGAAGUGGAUCUGCCUUUGGGACCUGCUCAGUGAGGAAAUCUCUUCCAAUUUCUGCUUCUGAAUGAUUCAGUGUUGGGAGCAAUAGAAAUAACAUUCCCUUUGCCUUCUCUGAGUGUUUAGGGAAAUAGCUUCUUUAAAACCUCAAAACCAUGACCAUCCUGUCAAAGACCUAAGUCUGUAAGCUGGUGCCAUGUCCAUACACCAUGUCACUUUACUCUUCAUUUGUCACCAUCUUUUCCCAUGCACGCAUACUCUGAACAUCCUUGUGUGGGCCCAUCCUCUGCCUCCAGAGCAUGCUCUGCAGUGGGCCUGUUUUGUGGAAGAAAGGAGGCUGUCUCUGCCUUCUCUGAUGGGACUGGAGUUGAGGGAAGGAGCUGUAUUGUGGCACUUCUGAAUUCCCCGUUUUGUUCCAUAUUGGUAUAGAGAGCAGAAGAGUAGCUAGGCAGAUGCAGAGAUGGAGACAUGAGACUCAGUGCAGUGGGUAGGGAAGACAUAACAGAUGGAAGCAAAGGAAUCCUCUCUGCCUUCAGCAGAGAAUUCACCGAAUCCUAGAACUGUGGCUCCCUCCAGGCAGAGCCUAAGAUGCUGGUGAAGAAUAGCUGUGUGAUUGAAUAGGCUCAAAGGAGAGUUCAGAAUUCCCAUUUACAUAUUACUAGUUUGGUUUGUAAGUUUUAGUUCCUUGUAUUAUUGAGAUUCAGAGCUUCAUUUUAUGUUGGUCAUUAGGUGAAUAUUACUCAUUUUCCCUCAAGAGAAGCUCAUAAGUGUGUGUGGGUGUGAGAGCACGAUGGUGCCUGUGUUCUGUGAAUGUGUCCAUGUGUGUCUGUAAGAGAGACAGAGACCAAGAACUUGCCCAAUUUUAGAAAUACACUAAUGUGCAGUUGUUGCCUUUUGUCUGUAUUGAAGGCCCAUUGAAUGACUAAUCCAGGCUGGAAGCAUUCCCAUGUGGGUGUCUGAGUCCAUGAGCCAAGCCUGAGGGGACAGUGAGUCUCCAGGUCUGCCACACUGGUGCACCUUGCUGGCACGGUGCCUCAGGAAGGUGGCGACUCAGGUGGGCCUUGAGUUAUAUUUUAACUCAGCUGCUCAGUUCCCAGGGCACAUUUCUGGAUCAGAACCCAUGGGAAACAGGAGGUACUAAGUGCAAUGUCUUAGCAUUCUGCAAAAUGGAGAUCUGUUGUCCAGCGGCUUAUCUCCUUUUUAGUAACCCUUCUUUCUGAACCCAGGGCCCUUUUCAGCCUUCCCUCGUCUUUUCUUGAGAUCAAACUUUACUUCUUUCUUAUUUACUAAGAAUUUGCCUGUUUGAAUAAGAACAAAACGCUAAGGUGGGUAGCCUAAGCUGAUUGUCUGCUGGUUACACGUGUCUCUCACACCACAUUUCCUCAAAGCUAAUCUGAAUUCUGUAGGCUAAAAAUAUUCAUGUAGCAAAUCUGAGAAUUGAAAACUGCAGAUAACCGGCCGGGUAUGGUGACUCAUGCCUGUAAUCCUAGCACUUUGGGAGGCCGAGGUGGGUGGACCACCUGAGGUUAGGACUUCAAGACCAGCCUGGCCAACAUGGUGAAACCCCAUCUGUACUAAAAAUACAAAAAUUUGCCCGGUGUGGUGGUGCAUGCCUCUAGUCCUAGCUACUCGGGAGGCUGAGGCACGAGAAUCACUUGAACCUGGGAGGCGGAGGUUGCAGUGAGUCGAGAUAACACCACUGCAUUCCAGCCUGGGCGACAGAGUGAGACUCCAUCUCAAAAAAAAAAAAAAAAAAAAAACAGAAAGAAAGAAAAAGAAAACUGCAGAUAACCCUAUACAUUAAUACUGGUAUCUGGAGGUGACUCUUCUGACCAAGGGUGGUUAAGUGACACAUAAAACUUUUCUAAGAGAAGACAGACAAGUUGACAGGCAUGCCUUGUACUCAGCUGUGUUCAUGUGGUGGUCUGUGGAAAGAAAAGAAGACUCAUUUGGAAAUGAAGCUGUCCCUUUCCAAGCAGUCUCUGGUGCUUUUCUUCUCUCAAAAUGGAUCCGAUAAAUAUUCGAAUAGAGCAGAUUGUAGAAUGUCGUGCUGCCACCAGAAAGCUGCUGUUUUGGGUUCUGCAUUGAGCCAAAUAUGUAGGGGACCUACCAAGCCCACUGAGGGACUAGGUUUUCAUGUCUCUAGUCAUACCUAGAAUGUUCUGAGCCGUCUGAGGGCCUUCAUGCCGGCAGCAGCUAGCAAAGCCAGAAAGCAAGUCUAACAGGAUCUAAGAUGACCAUCAGGAGAAGGAGUUUGAGACUGUGUAUGCAACCCCCAAUAGAACCCCUUUUACUCUGAUCUGGAGAAUGUAUCUGGCUUCAUAUUUUCAAGUCACAUGUCUCUCAGACCCCUGGAUUCAGAACCCAAGGCCACAAAUCAUAGGCAUGAAGCACUUUCUUAAGACUGACCUAACGCUGGAUUAUUUCCCGUCUAAUGCCUGCAUGCUGCUUGAAUUGCUCCACCCACACCUCCAUGACCAAGGGCGCCAGAGUGCUGCAACUGGGGCGUGGGCCGCUCUCUGCUUUUCCUGUCUGACUCUGACAAGUCCUCCCUCACUGAAUGUAGAAUCGUUGCCAAGUUUCUGAGAAGUGUCGAUUCCCUGUUAACAUGGAUAUCAGUUCCGCCUCACAUUUCCCACUUGAGGUUGAGGCGUACUGGAGACAACACCUCAGACCAUCUGAACCCCAUCAGUGGACGAAAAUGGGGCUGUUAAUAUACUCUAAAAGCCAUACUAAAAAUGCUCUGAGGGAACUGGCUAAGAAUAGUGGGCCUGGUGAUUGUCUAUCACGCAAGGCUUUGUUUUGUACUGUUCAGAAAUCUGUCACCUUUCUGCCUGCCCUUGUUUCCUGAAUGAAAUGCUUCUGGGGUUAUUUAUGAAAGGAGUGAUCCUGGGGCAGGCAGGAGGCAGUGGGCUUUAUGGCUCCUUGAAGUUAUUACUGAUCUUGACCUUCUCUUUGGCUACCUUUAGACAAAGAAUACGCCAAUCAAUACUUGGGGCUCUAAGUUUUACAAUUGAUAUUUAUUUGUAUCAUCUCUUUGUCUAGGAAUGUAAAAGUGAUUCUAAACUAAGAUGUGUAAUAAAAAUCAAUCAGAUUUAUUGUACCUACAAAAA